AUGAGAGUAUCUCAAAAUGGUUAUGAAAAUUGUGAAUUGCUGGAUGAAAAAUUAAUCGGGGUAUGCCAAACGCCAAGUCAACAAUCCUCAAUCAGUAUUGUUUUCCGAGAUUUUUCACCGCUUCCUGGUGCAUUAGAGUUCAAACCAGGCUAUACUUAUUACUUUAUUAGUUAG